AUGAGUGAGCAAGAAGUGACUUACACAGAACUGAAAUUUCACACUCCUUCCAAGCAGGAGAGAAUACAGAGACCUAAGACCAUCAAGAACAAAGACCCAUCAGUUUCAGCUCCUCCCUGGAGAAUCAUUGCAGUGAUUCUGGGAAUCUUCUGCCUGGUGUCACUGGGAGCAGUGGUGGCCUUGGUUGCCAAGUUUGCUCAUCAUGUUUCCUGUAGUCUGCAUGCUGAUGAAAGGAAUUUCAUAAAAUCACUGACACAUACCUGUCACUGGAUUGGACUGUCCCAUAAGACAGCCAAUGAGCCCUGGGUAUGGAAGGAUGGCACAGCUCUCUCCAGUGACCUGUAA